CGCGUCCGUCAUAGGGCAGCCCCCAGCCCCGACCCGGAGGGAUGCAGAGUGGCGGCGGCGGCAGUGGCGGAGACUGUGGCUUUAAGAGAGCGCCCGGAGCCCGGGAUCCGGCCGGGCGGUCCUUUGCUGCGGCGCAUCCCCGUGGAGCCAAGCCUGGCGCGGGCCGGACGGUGCAGCUUGCAGCCGGGCUGCUGAGCACCGGCCGGAGACCUCUGCUUGAGGGUCCUUCCUCUGAAGACAUCGCCAGUGUGUGGAGCCCGCCCCACACCCACUUCCUGCCACACCACGGCCUUUACCUGUGUCUUCCGGUGUUUCCCCUGCGACCCGUCCUGUGGGAGUGCCUCGUGGGCUGCCCCAGAGUUCACCCCACGCUCAGCGGCGCCAAUGGUGAAGAUGACAAGAUCCAAGACUUUCCAGGCCUAUCUGCCCUCCUGCCACCGGACCUACAGCUGCAUUCACUGCAGAGCCCACUUGGCCAAUCAUGAUGAACUCAUUUCCAAGUCGUUCCAAGGAAGUCAAGGACGCGCAUACCUCUUUAACUCCGUAGUUAAUGUGGGCUGCGGGCCUGCAGAGGAGCGAGUGUUGCUAACAGGACUGCACGCAGUCGCUGACAUUUACUGUGAAAACUGCAAAACCACUCUGGGCUGGAAAUAUGAGCAUGCCUUUGAAAGCAGCCAGAAAUAUAAAGAAGGGAAAUACAUCAUUGAGCUGGCACACAUGAUCAAGGACAAUGGCUGGGACUGAGCCGAGAGCCGCCGCCAGCCCGUGUCCGCGUGAAUGCCACCCAACUGAACAUUCUACCCAAGCGUGAGAGAGUGACUGGACACUUGGUUCCAUCCAUGUAGGGGCCUUGUCCCCGGGGGCAUCCGCCCACCCCGACGCCGUCUUUCUGGUGACCGGCCUCUAAAUCGCUGUCUCUCUGUCUCUUUGCUUUGUAUCUGUUUGUGAGUUGAUCCUGGCUUCUCUCUCUGUUCUCGUGUUAGCUGAAAACAAAACAGCAAAAGGAACAGACGCCUGACCGCAUGGCAGCAGCCCACCCUGAUCAGGGCCUGGGGCCCACGUGAGAGCUGCCUGACGGCCUCUGGUCGGGGGAGCAGUGCACGGCGGGGUGUGAGCAAGGGGGAACUUUGAGGGUUCCAGGGUGGGCAGGGGACGGGAGGGGAGAGGUAGGGACACAAUUGUGCUACUCCUGGAGACCCGGUAACUUAGGCUUGAAGUAACCAAGUUGUCUAAAAGGACAAAGAGAAAAAAAAUACCUCAUGGCCGUGCUCUCUCCGAUCAGAAGCUUCUGCUCCUGACACCACAGGGGCCAGGUGAGCAGGUGGGCACCAGAGUGGCCCUGAUCCUGGCUGGCGGGGCAGCGGCCUGCUUCUCCUGGGCCAGGCGGGCUGUCUUGGAGGCUGUGAGUGAUUGUGGGGGAAGCCCAGCUGGGUUUGGGUGACUCUGGAGCCCCACUGCUCCUCCGGGUAAUCUUCGUUUCCUCUCCAGCCACCAGAGGUGAGAGGAGGGGGAACUGCCAUUUGCAAUGGGCGCAAAAUCCAAACAUCCCAAAGGCUGUGACCAGGAAUAAAAAUCAGUAAUUGAGGAGAACAGGGAACAAGGAGCUGCAGUUCAUGGGAGCUCCUGCAGAAAUGGCUCAGAUAUUGGGCUCGGAAAAAACUCCAUGUAAGACCAAUGAGCAUUUCUGCGUGUCUGACCGUUUCCCUGACCCUCAGUGAAAGGAGAGAGCGCGGUGGCGAGGAACGGGGCGUGGGGAGUGAAGCUGGGAGGAGCCUAGCUUUGAACCACUGCCGGUUCGGUCCGGUGCCUCUUCCUUCCGUCUCUGGUGUGCAGCAGCUUCAGGGAGGUCAGCAGUUCUCCGUACAUAGAGUUUUGGGGUGGUUUUCUCCAGUUCUGUCAUCAUAGAUUGUGGAAAACAAAGUCCCAGGGGUUUGAGCUUCGUGAUAGCUUGAAUGUGAGAGAAAACUGUCCGAAUGGUCCAAUAGGGGAGGGAUCAGACUUGAUGUCAAAUGUCAAAUUUUAAUAUUACCCAGCGCCCCCGCUCCUCUCCUCCUUAUCCAAGUUCAUUAUAUUCGGUGAAGUGGAGAACAGAUCCCUGUGAGGCUCCUGAGAGAGGGAGGAGUUUGUUACAUUUAAUCAACACUGUGAAGUCUGUUCCACAGCAGUUUAGCCAGUACACAGCGCAUGACGGAAACUCAUUGAGCUGAGUUCAUUUCAUUGCUUGGACUGAAAAUAUUACUGUUCAGAUAUGUGUAGGUUAUGUCAGGUAAUCCUCAGUAUCUCAUUCUCCAGGUAGGCUGAUCCUAUAGGAAUAUUCACCUUAGAAAUCACAAAAGAGUGUGUUCAUGGAGACAAGAGUCUAUAAAAUUGAUUAACCAAGAUUCAAGCAGCCAACCCAGGAUUUUUCAGAGUUGAACCAAAUUCCCCUAGGGCAGUGGUCCUCAACCUUCUGGCCCUUUAAAUACAGUUCCUCACGUCGGGACCCAACCAUAAAAUUAUUUUCGUUGCUACUUCAUAACUGUCAUGUUGCUACUGUUAUGAAUCGUAAUGUAAAUAUCUGAUAUGCAGGGCGGUCUUAGGCGACCCCUGUGAAAGGGUCGUUCGACCGCCAAAGGGGUGGCGCCCCACAGGUUGAGAACCGCUGCCUAGGGAAUGGGUCGGCAGUGGAAAUGCCUUUGUGUGUCUCUGUGUGCUGACUGCAGGAUGGGGGACCUGAGAUGGCCUGGUCCUGCCGGCCGAGGUGGACAGCAGGACAGAAGGCAGGGGGCUCCGGGCUCACAGUAGACUGCCUCUGUGAGACUUCUGAGUUUUAGAAAUGGAACUUUGUUCCCAAAGGCUUCUCGCCCACGUCUUCGGUGCUUUAGCAGCCCUGGGAGAUUUCGUUCUCCCCACAUUACUGAAAAGCAGACUGAAGUUUAAAAA